AUGGGUAGAAUUUUAGCUAGUUCGAUAUCCGUGAUGUGUCUGGGGACAUUUGCAAUUGUAAUUUUGGCGCUGUAUUAUAUGUUGAGCGGUAAAGGUUAUCGGUUCAGUAUCGGCUGGUUCCUGACGAACACGACACCGUUGAUGUGGAGUUCAAUGGGCAUCGCGUUUGCCAUCUCCUUGUCAGUGGUCGGCGCCGCAUGGGGCAUUUUUGUCACUGGUGCUAGCAUCGUCGGAGGUGGUGUCAAGGCACCUCGGAUCCGCACCAAGAAUUUGGUCAGCAUCAUCUUCUGUGAGGCGGUCGCCAUCUACGGCAUCAUAAUGGCGAUCGUUAUCGGCGGCAAGCACCACGACUUCUCGCCGGACACCAACAGUCCAGUGCAACUGACCAGCAACAUUGCUGCUGGCUACAUGAUGUUCGGCGCCGGUUUGACGGUCGGCUUCUCCAACCUAUUCUGCGGUCUCUGUGUUGGCAUAGUCGGCAGCGGCGCCGCACUGGCUGAUGCCCAGAACCCGUUGUUAUUUGUCAAGAUCUUGAUCAUCGAGAUUUUUGCCAGUGCCAUCGGACUCUUUGGUGUCAUCGUCGGCAUCCUUCAGGUGAACCCGGUGAAGAUGGGUGACACAGUUUGA